AUGCUACUGUCCACCGGAAGUGGAGUCGUACAAUUCCUUCUAGGUUUUUCUCCACUCUUCGCCAUUGCAUCUGCCGCAUCCAACUCCAAUGCCGCGAGCAUUUUUAACUAUUCUCUGAAACAAAACUCGAACUUCACUUUUGCAUUGAAUAUCCCCGAUGGCUCCUCCGAUCUAUACUUCCACCUGUCUGGCCCGACCGACUACUCGUGGGUUGCUGUUGGAACAGGAAGUAGGAUGAAAGACUCGCUCAUGAUCGUGGUCUACUCCAGCGCUGAUGGAAAGAACGUCACUGUCAGCCCUCGAUACUCUUCUGGUGAACAGGAACCGGUAUAUUCGCCUUCACUUGUGGUCGAUAUUCUGGAUGGAACUGGUAUCUUUAAUAAUUCCAUGAUCGUGAACGCCCGAUGUUCGAACUGCACAAGUUGGGCGACCGGAUCGCUGGAUCUACAGUCCACGUCCCAGUCUUGGAUUUUUGGACUAGGUCCGACAGGCGGCGAGGCUGCCAUGCUACGCAGUAACUCCAAGACAGCUAGCAUAGAGCGACACUCAAAAUAUGGCGUCUUCACUAUGGACAUGGUCCACGCCAAAGGGGGUCCAGGUGGACUACCAACCUCUUAUACGACCUCGGUUGGCUCAGCAUCCAGCGAGCCGGUAACCAACGACAGCAACUGGCCUAGCAUCAUUCACGCUCUGUGUCUUUGUGUAGCACUCAUUCUCUUAAACCCUGCCGGGGUCAUUCUUCUCCGAGUCAUUCCUAAAAGUGUCCGCUGGCACUGGAUCAAUCAAACCUUUUCUUCGGCCAUCGCUAUUGUCGGCAUUAUCGUCGGGUUUUACCUCAGCACGAUGUUCACCAAGUCGCAAUCAUACGGCUCCGCGCACCAGAUCUUGGGAAUUUUGAUACUACUCGCUAUUCUCGCUCAAUGGGGAAUGGGAGGCUGGCAUCAUCUUGUCUACAGAAGAACCCAGUCGCCAACCAGAUUUGGUGUUGUCCACCGUUAUUUUGGAUAUGUUAUCUUCUUCUUUGCUGUCGUCAACGGCGGCAUCGGACUUACCUGGUCCUAUGCGUCAAAGUCUGUUGUAAUUGGGUACUCCGUUGUUGCGGCUAUAAUCAGCAUCGGACUUAUCGCUGUCUUUUCUUGGGCCCGAUGGAAUGCUAGACGCGACCAGAAAAGCCCUUUCAGUGACUCCUUCCAGCUCAGGGGAUAUCAGCGGGGCGACGACUCCGACAGUUAUCUGGGUCAGGAUACGGAAAGGGUUUUGGCUUCUGAUUCCAGAGAUUAUCGGUGA